AUGGCUACCACGUCGCAUAUGUUCAUGUACUCCCUGACUAUCCAGCCUCCAACUGCGAUUACACAGGCUGUACUUGGUCAAUUUUCUGGAACUAAAGAGCAGCAGAUCAUCACUGCUUCUGGUUCCAAACUCACCAUCCACCGACCUGAUGGAGCACUCGGGAAAAUCGUGCCAAUAUUCUCAACAGAUAUAUUUGGCAUCAUCCGAGGAUUGGCGGUGUUCAGAGUAUCUGGCGGUACAAAAGAUUUCCUGAUCAUUGCCUCCGAUUCGGGUCGCAUCGCAAUCGUCGAGUAUGUUGCCUCUGAAAAUCGGUUCAACCGCAUCCACUUGGAAACAUUCGGCAAGUCUGGAGUUCGUCGUGUUAUUCCUGGCCAAUAUCUUGCUGUUGACCCAAAAGGACGCGCAUGCUUGAUCGCAUCUGUGGAGAAGAAUAAGCUGGUCUAUGUUUUUAACCGUGACUCUGCAACCAACCUCACAAUAUCCUCUCCAUUGGAGGCACACAAGCCGAAGACACUCGUGUUUGCCAUGAUUGCUCUAGAUACGGGCUACGAUAACCCUAUCUUUGCUGCCCUCGAAGUGGACUAUUCGGAGGCUGAUUCGGAUCCAACUGGCCGUGCUUAUGAAGACAUUGACAAGGUUCUGGUUUACUAUGAACUUGACAUGGGUCUUAACCAUGUCGUUCGCAAGUGGUCCGAUCCAGUAGACCGUACUGCGACCAUGCUAUUCCCAGUACCUGGUGGAGCGGAUGGGCCUAGUGGUGUUUUGGUGUGUGCGGAAGACAACAUUACCUACCGACACUCUAAUCAGGACGCAUUCCGGGUGGCUAUCCCCCGUCGCAAAGGACCUACUGAAAACCCCGAGCGAAAGCGAACCAUUGUUGCCGGUGUGAUGCACAAGAUGCGAGGUGCUUUCUUUUUCCUCCUUCAGACGGAAGACGGUGAUAUCUUUAAGGUCAGUCUUGAUGUGGCCGCUCCUGACAAUGGACUUCCGACCGGUGAGGUCCAAAAACUCAGGAUUAAGUAUUUCGAUACCGUUCCUGUCGCUUCCAACCUCCUCAUUCUCAAGAGUGGUUUUCUCUAUGUUGCCUGUGAAGCCGGCAACCAUCAUUUCUACCAAUUCAUGAAGCUCGGAGACGAUGACUGGGAGCAAGAGUUCACAAGUGAUUCAUUCCCCUCCGAUCCUUUCGCUCCCUACGACCCGAUAUUCUUCCAGCCACGAACCGCGGAGAAUCUGUACCUCAUGGAAGCUGUGGAUUCUCUUAAUCCGUUGAUUGAUAGCAAAAUUGCCAACAUUACUGACGAUGAUGCUCCUCAAAUUUAUACUGUCUCUGGCACUGGUGCUCGCAGUACCUUCCGAACUCUCAAGCAUGGGCUGAAAGUCUCCGAGCUGGUGGAUUCGGAGCUGCAAGGGCCUCCAAUAGCCGUCUGGGCCACCAAGUUGGUAAGAUCCGAUGAAUUUGACAAGUACAUUGUCCUUUCCUUCCUCAACGGUACAGUCGUUUUGUCCAUCGGCGAGGUUGUAGAAGAGAGCACGCAGGAGUCCAAAUUCAAAGACGAUGUGACCACGCUCGCCGUGCAACAGAUGGGUGAGGAUUCACUGGUCCAGGUGCACCCCCAUGGUGUUCGCCAAAUGCGCUCAAACGACGAUUUACAUGAAUGGCCCGCUCCCAAACAUCGAACUAUCAUUUCUGCUACUACCAAUCAACAUCAAGUAGUGGUGGCACUCAGCUCGGGCGAGAUUGUCUACUUUGAAAUCGAUGGUAAUGAGGUGCUGCAAGAGUUCACAGAUCGUGAGCAAGUGUCAGGUAGCGUGACGUCGCUCAGCCUCGGUCAGGUUCCUGAGGGUCGAAUUCGCAGCUCUUUCUUGGCUGUUGGUUGUGAUGACUGUACUGUGCGCAUCCUGAGUACGGAUCCAGCUACAAUGCUGGAACAAAAAUCUAUUCAGGCUCUGUCUGCCGCACCGACAGCCCUUAACAUUAUGGCCAUGAUGGACUCUACAUCAGGUGGUAACACUCAGUAUUUGCAUAUUGGACUUUACUCAGGUGUCUACCUUCGCACUGUGCUGGACGAAGUGACUGGCGAGCUCUCGGAUACUCGAACACGGUUCUUGGGUUCCCGACCUGUCAAGCUGUCCCAGGUCUCUGUUCAGGGUCAAACCGCUGUGCUAGCUCUCAGUUCACGUCCGUGGCUUGGAUAUUCUGACGUUCAAACCAAGACCUUCACACUCACUCCCCUGGAUUACUCUUAUCUGGAGUAUGCCUGGAACCUUUCAAGUGAGUUCCUGGAGUGUGGUGUGGAGGGUAUGGUUGGCAUUGAAGGUCGAAACUUACGAAUUUUCUCUAUCCAAAACCUGGAUAGUAACAUGAUCCAGGAGUCAAUCCCACUCGCACACACCCCUCGACGCUUUGUCCAACACCACACCAAUCCAAUAUUCUACGUCAUUGAGUCAGACAUCAACGUUCUAUCCCCUGCAACUCGACAGAGCCUUAUUGAAGACUCUCAAGCCCGCAAUGGUGAGGACGAGGUCCCUCAAUUGAACCCAGCCGAUUUUGGCUAUCCACGCGGAAAUAAUCACUGGGCCUCUUGCAUUGAAGUUGUGGAUCCUCUCACCUCCAAGGAGGUAAUUUACACUAUCAAUCUCGAAGAUAAUGAGGCGGCAGUCAGCGUGACCAUUGCGCCUUUCCCUUCCCAGGGCAACGAGCAAUUCCUGGUGGUGGGAACUGGCAAGAACAUGUCGACUAGCCCACCUUCCUCUGGCGGUGGAUUUAUCCAUAUCUAUCGAAUGCUCAACAAUGGUCGUGAAUUGGAAUUUCUUCAUAAGACCGACAUUGAUGAACCACCCCUUGCUAUCCUUCCCUUCCAAGGAAGACUUCUUGUCGGAGUGGGCCCGGUUCUUCAUAUGUUUGACCUUGGCAUCAAAAAAAUGCUCCGCAAAUGCCAGGCGCCUGUUGUUCCAUCGACCAUUGUUGGUCUCAAAACCCAAGGAAGCCGUAUUGUGGUUAGCGAUGUCCGUGAGAGUGUCACCUAUGUGGUGUACAAGUAUGAAGAAAACGUCAUGAUUCCCUUCGCGGAUGAUUCUAUUGCUCGAUGGACCACGUGUACUACCAUGGUGGAUUACGAAACUGUCGCUGGUGGUGAUAAAUUUGGUAACUUGUGGCUGCUGCGGUGCCCAAGCAAGAUCUCCGAGGCAUCAGACGAGGAUGGAUCUGGGGCUCAUCUCAUCCACGCGAAGAGUUACCUGCAAGGUACACCCAACCGCCUCGAGCUUAUGCUUCACUAUUAUGCGCAAGACAUUCCCACUAGCGUGCACAAAGCGUCGCUGGUAGCUGGUGGCCGCGAUGUCAUCGUCUGGACCGGCGUACAAGGCACGAUUGGCAUAUUUGUGCCCAUCAUCAGUCGGGAAGAUGUCGAUUUCUUCCAGAGCCUCGAGAUGCAGCUGGCUGCACAGCACCCUCCUCUCGCUGGCCGGGAUCAUCUGAUGUACCGCGGAUACUAUGCACCUGUCAAAGGUAUUAUUGAUGGUGACCUCUGCGAGAUGUACUUCCUCCUGUCGAACGAUCAAAAGAUGAUGAUUGCAGGUGAACUCGACAGAUCUGUCCGAGAGAUUGAACGAAAGAUCUCUGACAUGCGAACUCGGGUGGCUUAUUAA